GACUCUCGGUUCGUGCGUAGCUCCGCGGCGGCGUGGCGAACGGUGGCAGGCUUCACGGUGUGAAAGUCGCACAGUUCGCUAAUGGAUUCGCGAGUGAUUGCUUGAUUGCGUUCGGAUACGAACGAAGAGUGAAGUCGCGUUCCCAAGGGUCAGCCUCAUUCCACUAUCGUCGCUCAACCUAAUUUAGCUAGUUGAUCGUCGCACAGCUUGACAUAACCUCCACGAAGAUGUCUCAUGAUCACCAUAGUAUGGGAAACGCGUCCCAUGAAACGCACAUGACUCAUAUGAGCCAUGGUAGCAUGAACCAUGAAGGCAUGGACCACGGGGGUAUGGACCAUGGGAACAUGAAUCACGGAGGUAUGGACCACGGGAACAUGAAUCACGGUGCCUCGACGGACAACGCGUGCAGCGACAUGGGCAUGCACGGUAUGUUGAUGACGUUCCACACCGGCUACUGCGAGUCGGUGCUAUUCGAAAACUGGAAGAUCUCAUCGAUAGGUGGCCUCAUCGGCUCGAUGAUUGGUAUCGCUAUCAUGGCUGCGCUCUAUGAGGGCUUGAAAUAUUACCGGGAGUACCUGUUUUGGAAGACGUACAACGCCCUGCAAUACAGGAGCGUUACAGUGCCCAAUGAGAAGAAUGUGGUAGCCGAGGAUAACCGGGUCGUUCAUAUGGUUGGCGAAGUAAUCCACAAACAACCGCCGACUAUGAUGUCCUGGAUGCAUUUGUUUCAAACGUUUCUACACAUCAUACAGAUCGUCCUGUCUUACUUCUUGAUGCUAAUCUUCAUGACUUACAAUGUCUGGCUGUGCUGCGCCGUAGUAUUGGGUGCCGCCGUCGGUUACUUCCUGUUCGGUUGGAAGAAAUCAGUGAUCGUAGACGUUACGGAACAUUGUCAUUAGCAUUUAGUAAAUUGUUCCAAUCUAUCCUUCCUAAACCGUACUUGCGCGAAAGUGCGCGCGCGACUGCAUUCUGACGGAAAUCCGAAAAAUAAGAGGAGGAACGGAAAUUAACAAUUACAUUGCCUUUUGCGUAUCGAGAAAAUACGCAUGGAGAAUUCAUGUUCUCUGAAUUCAUGACACACAGUGGAUAUAUAAAAUGUAGCAGAACGCGAGAGGGAAAAAAAGGGAAAAAAAUUAUUUAUUUUAGUUUCAUAAUUUAGUUUCUAAUCUCUUAUAAUUCUUUGUUUUUAUCUUAAAAAGAUAAUGUAAGCCAAUUACUCUUAAGUUAUCUUUGAUCCAAUAUUUGAAAUAAUUCUAUUAUACAUAACAUUUAAUAUUAUAAUAUUACAAUAUUAUAUUUAAUAUUUAAAAUUUUAUUACAUGAAUUCCACAAAGUGGAAAAGAUUUUGUUAAAACGAUUAUAACGCAACUCACUUCUGUGUCAUGAAAUAAUACAACUUCAUAAGAAAUCAUUGGGAGCUUGAAUCUUAGACGUAUAUAAGUGUGGUAAACUGUAAAUAUUAUUAAGAUAUUCGUAUAAGCAUACGCUGUCCAAUGUGCACACUUUUUCCCAUUUUUAUAUUUUUAUUCUUAAUUUUUCUUGUUAUUCUUUUAUAAAAAUAUUCCUUUAUAUAUCAUCAAUAUUUCAUAUUUGGGAAAAAGUGUACCACACUAUUUUAAAUAAUUGUAAAAACAUUGUUAACGUAUUAUUACACGUUGACAUGUAAAUUGCUUGUAAAGUAUCAUGAAAUAUAACCUCAAAUAUGAAAAAAAAA